GUCCGCCUCUAUGGCCGGCGGCGGGCGCGGCCACGUGACGCUUUCAAGCGCGCCGCGCGGGACCGGUGCCGGGAGGGAGCGCGGCGGGGGCGCGCGGGCCGUCAGGUCUUCCCUCCUUCUUGGCUUGGGCCAAGCAGCCGUAGGAUGGACUGCCGACUCUUGCAGGCACUGGAGUGACUCGUAGGCACCGGCCGUGAGCCGAGGUCCUUGCACGGGCGACACUCCUGCUCAGAGAGACAGGUUUAGAGACAUGGAGCUUGAAAGAAUCAUUCGAGACACACUGACAUGCUUCAUCCAGUCCCACAUCCCUGCUGCAGACCUCAGUGGGAUGGAUGAUGUUUUCUUCUCUUACAUCACGGGUGUCCUGGAAGAGCUGGGCUCACCAGAGUCCUCUGAGGAGACCUUUGACAUGGACACCUUUGUGGAAAUGAUGGAGGCAUAUAUUCCUGGUUUUGCAGAAAUCCACAGUGGGGAUGUUUGUGAAAUGAUGUUCUCUCUGUCAGAAAGGCUUGGUGAAGCUCGCAACAAAGAAAAACCUGGCCAAAAGGCUGUGGAAAGCGGGAGCGAAGCACCCUCUGAAGACCUGACCAAGGGCCAGGAGCCUGGAGCUGGAGCCUGCAAUGGGGAAAGGCUGUGCACUCCGACAGAUGGAGCCGGGGCCCAGGAAGGCAAUGACUCGAAGGAUGGGGUGGAGCUGCUACUGGAGAUGUUCCCAGCAUGUACCGUGAGCCAGGCAGAGAAGGCACUUGCCAUGGCCUUGGGGAACUUGGAGGAGGCAGUGCAGUUAAUUGUGGAGGAGAAGGUGGAAAUUGCCCCAGCAGGUGCAAGUGUGAAGGAACUGGCACGGCCCCGCAGAGCGCCCAACCACGAGGAACUAAAACAGGUUAUCCUACAGAAAUACAUGAUGGUGGAUAGCGCAGACGAUCAGAAGACACACCGGCCAGCUCCACCCAAGGAGGCGCCCAAGAAGUUGAUCCGCUAUAUCGAUAACCAGGUGGUGAGUACAAAGGGAGAGAGAUACAAAGACAUCAAGAAGCCUGAGAGCGAGGAGAUGAAGAGGACCUACAUCAGCCUCAAACCAGCCAGGAAGUACAAGUUCCACUGACAGCCAGGUCCUCCUGCACUUCAGCCUCCACCUCACUGGCCAGGCAUGGCAAGAUGGACAUGUGGCCCUAGGGAUGAAGGGACUCCUCCACCUGCCACUAACUGGAACUAACCUGGGAGCCAGGACACUGCUUUCGACUUCAACUAACCCAGCUGAUGAGGAGGAGCCUUCUCUCCUUGUGUAGCUGUCCCUCUGCCCCCAGGGGCACACUGCAGUGGCUCUCGGGGGCCUGGGCAUUCUCUGCUAUUCCUUGCAUGGGACAUUUUUAGAUCUAAGAUGCGGCUUGUGCUUUUGCAGCAAGCUUUUUACAAGUCUGUGUGCACUGUUGCUUUAAUCUGAGUGCCAGUGUUAAUAAAGAUUAUGUGAGUUGGUGCAUA